AUGACCCAUUCGUGCUGCUCCUCUUGCUGCCACCCUACGUGCUGCAGGACCACCUGCUGCCGGACCACCUGCUGCCAGCCCACAUGCUGUAGGUCCAGCGGCUGUGGGUCCGGCUGCUGCCAGCCUUGCUGCCGCCCAACUUGCUGUCGGACCACCUGUUGCCUGCCCUGCUGCUGUGGGUCCAGCGGCUGUGGACACAACUGCGGUGGGUCUAGUGGCUGUGGGUCGAGCUGCUGCCAGCCUUGCUGCCGCCCAACUUGCUGUCACACCACCUGCUGCAGGACCACCUGCUGUAGGACCACCUGCUGCCAGCCCAGCUGCUGUGGGUCCAGCGGCUGUGGACACAACUGCUGUGGGUCUAGCGGCUGUGGGUCGAGCUGCUGCCAGCCUUGCUGCCGCCCAACUUGCUGUCACACCACCUGCUGCCGGACCACCUGCUGCCAGCCCAGCUGUUGUGGGUCCAGCGGCUGUGGGUCCAGCGGCUGUGGACAAAACUGCUGUGGGUCCCACUACUGCCAGGCAGUUUGCUGUACCCCCGUGUACUGCACGAGAACCUGCUACCACCCCACCUGCUGCUGCCUGCCUGGGUGCCUAGCCCAGGGCUCUGGAUCCUGCGGCCAGCCUUCCUGCUGCUGA